UCACUGGGAGUUGACAACAGCGAAGAGGAGAGGACGCGAGGCAGCGAGGACAGCAUCGAAUGAUCGCCAGAGAGUCAUAACGAGGAAGAGAGAACUCUUCAGAAACCUCGUCCAAGCAGCGGCAGAGGAAACCAGCAAAGGUAUUUGAAAGCGAAGCAGCGGGCCCCCAAUAGCGGUCUUGAGCAGCUGGGUUGGGUAUGCGCUAGUGCCCAAGUGACAGUGGGAAACGCAGGGCGGGGGAAGUCUGAGUCUUACAGUAGGGACCCGGAGACUCCAUCCUUGGCCGGAGAAUCUUUGGACGCCGACCGCUUGCCUUAGGAACUGUGCUCUUCAGCUCUCGAAUUCCCCUCCAGAACAGACGCUGAGCGCAACUCCCGCACCCAAGGCCAAACUCCGCGCGCCGGCCUCGCGCCAGGCACCCAGUUCCUAGGCGCUCUCUUCAGCUGCUGUUUUGAAAGCCCCCAAGCACUACGUGCGCCCUCGACUUGGGACGGAACCCUGGGAGAGCUGGACUCCCUUAGGUCUUAUUCCCCGAAACAUGACCUAGAGGCACCUGCGCAGGCAGGUGGCCGCUGCAGCCGCGAUAGCCGUCAUGAAUAAAGCGGCCGGCGGGGACGAGCUCGCAGAACUCUUCAGUCUGAUUCCAGACCUUGUGCAGGCAGCCAACACCAGCGGCAACGAGUCGCAGCUCCAGGACUUGUGGUGGGAGCUGGGGCUAGAGUUGCCGGACGGCGCAGCGCCAGGGCUUCCCCCGGACGGCGGCGGCGGCCCAGAGAGCGCGGACACCGAGGCCCGGGUGAGGAUCCUCAUCAGCGUGGUGUACUGGGUGGUGUGCGCCCUGGGGCUGACGGGCAACCUUCUGGUGCUCUACCUGAUGAAGAGUAAGCUGGGCUGGCGCAAGUCCUCCAUCAACCUCUUCGUCACCAACCUGGCGCUGACUGACUUUCAGUUCGUGCUCACUCUGCCCUUCUGGGCAGUCGAAAACGCCCUCGACUUCAAAUGGCCCUUUGGCAAGGCCAUGUGUAAGAUCGUUUCCAUCGUGACGUCCAUGAACAUGUAUGCCAGCGUCUUUUUCCUCACCUCCAUGAGCGUGGCGCGCUACCACUCGGUGGCCUCGGCUCUUAAGAGCCACCGGACCCGAGGGCACGGCCGGGGAGAGUGCUGCGGCCGGAGCCUGGCGGACAGCCGCUGCUUCUCGGCCAGAGCACUGUGCGUGUUGAUCUGGGCCUUGGCCGCGCUCGCCUCACUGCCCAAUGCCAUCUUCUCCACCACGAUCAAGGUGAUGGGCGAGGAGCUGUGCCUGGUACGUUUCCCGGACAAGUUGCUGGGCUGCGACCGGCAGUUCUGGCUGGGCCUCUACCAUUUGCAGAAGGUGCUGCUGGGCUUUGUGCUGCCGCUGGGCAUCAUCAGCCUGUGCUAUCUGCUGCUGGUGCGCUUCAUCUCCGACCACCGCGUGGCCGGGACCGAAGGAGGGGCCUCGGCAGCCGGGGGAUGCCUGGCCGAAGCCAGCGCCCGGAGACGCUCCAAGGUCACCAGAUCAGUGACCAUCGUGGUCCUGUCCUUCUUCUUGUGUUGGCUGCCCAACCAGGCGCUCACUACCUGGAGCAUCCUCAUCAAGUUCAACGCGGUGCCCUUUAGUCAAGAGUACUUCCUGUGCCAGGUGUACGCGUUCCCCGUGAGCGUGUGCCUGGCGCACUCCAACAGCUGUCUCAACCCCAUCCUCUACUGCCUCGUGCGCCGGGAGUUUCGUAAAGCUCUCAAGAACCUGCUGUGGCGCAUCGCGUCGCCUUCUCUCACCAGCAUGCGCCCUUUCACCGCCACCACCAAGCCGGAGCCCGAGGACCAGGGGCUGCAGGCCCUGGCGCCUCUCCACCAGGCCGCCGAGCCCGACCUGCUCUACUACCCGCCGGGCGUGGUAGUCUACAGCGGGGGGCGCUACGACGUGCUGCCCAGCAGCUCCGCCUACUGAAGCAGGCUGAAGCCCAAGGGUGGGCAGAAACUGCAAAGUGGCCUUCUCCCGGGGAGGGAAAGGGGA